GGAGGCGAGCGAGCGGGGCCGGAGCCGAGCGGGCGGUGUCGGCGCCACGCGGGGCCGCUCGAUCGGUGCCUGGCGGGAUGUUCCGCAAGGCGCGGAGGGUGAACGUGCGGAAGCGGAACGACUCGGAGGAGGAGGACGAGGAGCGCGACGAGGAGGCGCCUCAGGAACCGGCGGCGGCCGGGGCGGGGGGAGAAGGGCCCAGCGAGGCCUCCAUGUCGCUGGCGGCGGGCGCCGGGCUCCUGCCGCUGCCCGCGGGCUGCGUGCCCCUUGCCCUGCCCGGCAGCCCCGCGGCCUUCGCCUGCGCUGCGAGCUACGGCGCGGCGCUCGGCCUGGGUCUGGGCUUGAUGGGAGGCGACCGGGCAGGCCUGGGAGCUCUGCCGGCGUCCGCCCUCCUGCCCCCCACUCCGCCGCCACCGCAGCCCCAGCAGGGCAACGGGCUGCCGGCGGCCGGGCGCCCCAAGGAGAAGAAACGGCCGCGGGAGAACAAAGAGGUGCCGCGGGCCAGCCUGCUCAGUUUCCAGGACGAGGAAGAGGAAACUGAAGAAGUUUUUAAAGUGAAGAAAUCAAGUUACAGCAAAAAGAUUGUGAAACAACUGAAGAAAGAAUACAAAGAAGAUCUUGAAAAAUCAAAAGUUAGAACAGAGGUCAAUUCUCCAACAAAUGUUGAAGCACCACUAGAAAAGACAGGACAGAAUAAGGAUGUAGGCCAAGAAGAUGGGACUGCAAACAGUGAGCAUGGUGAAGAAGAAAUGGAAGUUGAAAGUGAGAAGGAAGAUGAAAAACCGAAAGCUGGUGGGGCGUUUUCAAAUGCUCUGUCCUCACUGAAUGUUCUCCGCCCAGGAGAAAUUCCAGAUGCUGCUUUUAUUCAUGCCGCUAGGAAAAAGCGUCAAAUGGCUCGUGAACUUGGAGACUUUACCCCUGUUGAGAGUGAACCAGGUAAAGGCCGCCUUGUUCGAGAAGAUGAAAAUGAUGCCAGUGAUGAUGAAGAUGAUGACGAGAAGAGGAGGAUAGUUUUUACAGUGAAGGAAAAAUCCCAAAGGCAAAAGAUUGCUGAGGAAAUAGGUAUUGAGGGAAGCGAUGAUGAAGCACUGGUGGCAGGGGAGCAAGACGAAGAACUCAGUAGAUGGGAACAAGAGCAGAUACGAAAAGGAAUCAACAUACCCCAGGUUCAACCAAGUCAGCCUGCUGAAGUGAAUAAUCUGUACUACCAGAACACUUACCAGACACUGUCUUAUGGUUCAUCAUAUGGUAUUCCAUACACCUAUGCUGCAUAUGGAUCAUCAGAAACCAAGUCUCAAAAAUCAGAUAAUACAGUUCCUUUCAAAACUCCCAGUAAUGAGAUGACUCCUGUUACUAUUGAUUUGGUAAAGAAACAGCUUAAAGACAGGUUGGACUCUAUGAAAGAAAUGCACAAGGCUAAUCGGCAGCAAUAUGAGAAACAUCAGCAAAGCCGAGAGGACUCUACCAAGGCAAUUGAAAGCUUAGAAGGGUCUUCUGGGGGUAUUGGUGAACAGUAUAAGUUUUUGCAAGAAAUGCGAGGGUAUGUCCAAGACUUGCUUGAGUGUUUCAGUGAAAAGGUGCCUCUGAUUAACGACCUUGAGUCCGCAAUGCACCAGCUGUACAAACAGCGAGCUUCCCGCCUUGUCCAAAGACGACAAGAUGAUAUUAAAGAUGAAUCUUCGGAGUUUUCAAGCCAUUCAAAUAAAGCACUGAUGGCACCAAAUCUUGAUUCUUUUGGGCGAGACAGAGUGAUCUAUCAAGAACAAGUCAAGCGUCGAACUGCAGAAAGAGAGGCUAGAAGAGCUCGCCGUAGACAAGCAAGAGAGCAAACUGGGAAGAUGGCAGAUCACCUUGAAGGCCUUUCCAGCGAUGAUGAGGAAACUUCAACAGAUAUCACAAACUUCAACUUGGAGCGAGAUCGUAUAUUGAAAGAGUCCAGCAAAGUUUUCGAAGAUGUUUUGGAAAGCUUUUACUCAAUUGAUUGUAUUAAGUCACAGUUCGAAGCUUGGCGCUCCAAGUACUUCGCCUCUUAUAAAGAUGCUUAUAUUGGCCUCUGUUUACCAAAGCUGUUUAACCCUUUAAUCAGACUUCAGCUGCUUAUCUGGACUCCUUUGGAGGGCAAGUGUCGAGAUUUUGAAACGAUGUUGUGGUUUGAAUCAUUGCUGUUUUAUGGCUGUGAAGAGCAGGAGCAAGUGAAAGAUGAUGCUGAUAUUUCACUGUUGCCUACCAUUGUAGAGAGAGUUGUUCUUCCUAAAUUAACAGUGAUUUCAGAAAAUAUCUGGGAUCCUUUUUCUACCACACAGACAUCUAGAAUGGUAGCAAUUGUACAGAAACUAGUAGAUGGAUAUCCCUCAGUGGUGAAUGCAGAAAACAAAAAUACACAAGUGCUUUUAAAGGCAUUAUUGCUAAGGAUGAGGAGAACACUGGAUGAUGAUGUAUUCAUGCCCUUAUAUCCGAAAAACAUCUUAGAAAACAAGAACUCUGGUCCAUAUUUGUUUUUCCAACGUCAGUUUUGGUCCUCUGUCAAGUUACUAGGAAAUUUUCUCCAGUGGUAUGGGAUCCUUUCAAAUAAAACUCUUCAGGAGCUAUCCAUAGAUGGGCUGCUAAAUAGAUAUAUUCUUAUGGCUUUUCAAAACUCGGAGUAUGGAGAGGAUAGCAUUAAGAAAGCUCAAAGUGUAAUUGCUUGCUUUCCUAAACAGUGGUUCAGUAAUCUAAAAGGAGACAAGACUAUUUCUCAGCUAGAAAACUUCUGUAGAUACCUUGUUCACCUGGCUGAUACGAUUUACAGAAACAGCAUUGGUUGCUCUGAUGUAGAGAAGAGAAAUGCAAGGGAGCACAUCAAGCAGAUCAUAAAGCUUUUAGCAAGUAUCCGAGCCCUGGAUCAUGCCGUUACAGUUGCAAACGAUCACAACGUAAAAGAGUUAAAGAUUUUAAUAGAAGGAAAAUAGACUUUUCCUACAACUAAUUUUGAGCUUUAAAACCAUUCCUGACGUGUAAUUUAUGUACAUAUGUAAAGUUUCUUAAACUGUAAAGUAUUGAUCUUUGUUUUAAUACAAAGUGCAUUCUUAUAUACAGCAUCCUUAAAAAUAAAAAUCAUUGACUUCAUUGAAAACAAAAAUGGAAUCCCAAGAUUGUCAUCUUUCCAGAAAUCAACUUUUACUUCAAGUUUCUCAAAAUCUUGUUUACAAAAACACUUUGUACCCAUGAUCAGUAGUCAUCUACUCCUGUUAAUUGUUCCAUGGUUAACUGGAAUGUGUAUAAUAUAUUUUGUGUAAUCCAAUGUAUGCACAUACUUAUACCACCAUGUUGCUUUCACACUGGAUAUAAAGAUGUUGUACUGCUGCAAUAAGCUUUUCAUUUGCUAAAAAUUACUUAUUUUGACAAUAAAAUGAUCAUAAUAUUGGUCAAAAGGGCAGAUAAGACAUUCAGAUAUGUGAAAAUCAUUUGAGCUGAAGAGUACAGACACAUUCAAAUGGAACCUGACCUUUAAAAGGCAGCUGUGCUGCACUCCAAGUGGAAUAGCUAAAAAGUGAUUUGUAUGGAGAACAUGGACCGCUGAAGACUGUUCUUUGAAAAGAAAAUCUAAAAUCACUGCUGAAUUAUUUUAAUGCGGGAGCCCCUGGUGGUCUAGUGGUAAGGGCGCGGCGCUGUCACUGCCGAGACCCGGGUUCGAUUCCCGGUCAGGGCCACUCCCGGGCAGGUGGGGCUCGUUAGCCCUUAAAGGCAACCCACCUACGUCCUGAGGACCUCGCUGCCACCGUCCAAGCUCGCUUGGCCCCGGCAGAUGAACCUUAGGAUUAAAGGGUGGGCUCAGUUCCGCGCACACUGUGUCUCACCUAAAAAAUCCAAUGCGCAGGCUGGAAGGUGUAAAGACCUUCCCCGGAUCUUCGCUUGUGAAGACGGGCCAUUAUUUAUUUUAAUGCAGGCAAACAACUACAACUUGUGAUCAUUGUGCAUGUGUAGAUGGGCAGCACUUCCUAAGCUCCAAACACCUGUCAUUUUAUAGGAGUAAUGGUUUACCCCUGAACUCUGGACCCUCCUUUCAUUUGUAAGUUGCUUAAAUCCACAGUUUGUGUCAGGAUUUGUAUUUUUUUGUUUUGGGGGUUUGUUUGUUUGUUUUUUGGUUUAUUUUCUAAUGUCAUCCGUGGAAUCCGUUUCUUCAGGUUAGUGUGCCUAAAGAGGUUGAGCAAAAUGAAGAUGAAAAAAACUUUGAAGUAUUUAUAUUGUAGUAAAUAUACAAAUGUUACACUUUCCACUAAAUACCAUAUAAGAAUAGUCUUUCAAAAAAAAAAAAAAAUCGAACAGGAGUCAAAUUUAAAUGUAAAUAAGAAAGAAAACACUUAAAAAAUCUGUUGAUUUAUGUCAGAACACUAGUGACUUGAUCUUGGGAUCCAUGGCAUGGGGACAACUGUAAUAGCCUUGGGUUAAGAGCUAUUUCAAAAUGUGCCCUACUUUUUUGGGGGGAGCUGUAGCAAUUUGCAUAAUGAGUAACAUUUAUGCUCAUGUUGUGGUUUAAAUGAGUUAAAGUAAAAACAAACCAUUUGUCACAUGCACACUUUGGACACUGGACAGUUGUUUUUCUGAAUUGUUGGGGUUGAUGGAGUACACUCAGAAAUACCUGCUCUUAAAAAUUGUUUAUUCAAUAAACUCAUCUGGUGAAGGAAUUGUUGCGGUGCAACUUGGUAAGCUUUUUUCCUUUAGGAAGCGAGUAAAGGAAAUUUUGUGGGUGCUGGUUGACUUUCAGUGCAUCAGACAAAAGAGCUGCUGGUGGUGCAGAUGAUAGUCCGUGCGGUGGAUGUAAAGGUCAGACAGAGCUCUCUGUCCUGGCCCUUCUUGUGUGGG